UUGAGAGCCAGUCGCUUUGUGAUUCAUGUUAUUCCGUCGGGCUUUGUUUGUGUUUACGUUUGAUACUUCGACUUGGAAGUGAUAGGAAUGUGAAAAAUUGUUCAAUAGAAACAUUUCACCGUUGGGGGAUAUUCCUUUCAACGUUCGACAUUUGAGUCUUUUAGACUCAAUCUUUGAAAACCUAAAACAGCUGAAAAAGCUGUGGUCUAAAUAAGGUAGUCACGAAACAUAAGGAUGUAUAUUUUUACGAGCACUUUUGCUUUAAUAGCAUUAGGUCUCUCUUGCAUUGAGGCUGUACAGUCUCCAACUUUUAGCAAUGCUUAUACAGUUAAAGGAACUUUAUAUAUCCCAUAUGCUGAAAUUCGUGAACCAUUCUAUGCAUGGUUUGAUGGUGCAAGUGGAUCCAGCAGAAUUGAUUACUAUGGAGGAAUGGUGAAGACUUUCCAAUUAUCUCAUAAGGGAAAAUAUGGAAGCAGUAUAAAGCUUGCUCCAAUCACCACAGAGUCUAUUACCAAUCAAGAAACAUGUCUGCAAGUAAAUGGCACUAGUGAAAUGAAGAUUGAUACUCAGGCCAUUGUUCCAGACACAACUGGAAUGGAGUGCAUUGGAGAGGAAAUAGUCAAUGGACAACUGUGUGAAAAGUGGAGGCUGGAGCAAGAGAUUAAUGGAAAAGUAAACAAGUAUACUCUUUGGAUAAGAUACAAGAAAUCUCCACGUGUACCUAUGCUGAAAGAAGCAAUUCCCGUGAAAUACGAAAUGAGAGGAUUUAACAGUCUUUUGGGUUCUCACUACGAUCAUUACUACUUGAAUUACGAUUGGUACUCUUCCGAGACACCCAGUUCCGAUGUUUUCGAAAUUGGAGAAAACUUGACAUGCGGCAGUUUCCCUGGCCCCGGAGACAGGCACGUAUACACGUUCAAUCCUAUGCGUGAAUUCAUUCACAAUUACGAUGCGCAUGUAGACGAUGCCUUUGAUACUUUCAAGAAGACUCACAAUAAGGAAUAUACGAAUGAGAUAGAGCAUUCGAAGCGUAAAGAAGUAUUCAGACAAAAUUUAAGAUUUAUUCAUUCAACCAAUCGAGCUAACAAGGGUUAUCAAUUAGAUGUCAAUCAUUUGGUGGAUCGUACCGACUUAGAAUUAAAGGCCUUACGCGGUAAACAAUACACUAAAGGUUACAAUGGUGGACAAGCUUUCCCUUAUGAUGUCGAUAAACUACAGGCAGAUAUUCCAGACUCUUUAGAUUGGAGACUCUUUGGUGCUGUUACCCCUGUUAAAGAUCAAUCCGUGUGUGGAUCCUGUUGGAGUUUUGGAACGACUGGCUCCGUCGAAGGUGCAUAUUACAUGAAAUAUGGUAAACAAGUGCGUUUAUCUCAACAGGCUCUCGUCGAUUGCUCGUGGGGUUUCGGAAAUAAUGGCUGUGAUGGCGGUGAGGAUUACCGUGCAUACAAGUGGAUCAUGAAACAUGGUGGUCUGCCCACUGAAGACGAUUAUGGCAAUUACCUUGGACAAGAUGGUUAUUGUCAUAUAAACAACGUGACAAAGACGGCCAAAAUCACGGGCUUUGUGAACGUUACGCCAAACAAUCCUAAAGCCUUGAAGUAUGCCAUUGCAAACCAUGGACCAGUUUCUGUUGCAAUCGACGCUUCUCAUAAAACAUUUUCUUUCUAUUCUCACGGAGUAUAUUACGAUUCAGCUUGUGGCAAUACAGAGGAAUCUUUGGAUCAUGCCGUGUUGGCUGUCGGUUACGGUAAACUUGAUGGAAAGGAUUAUUGGUUAGUUAAAAAUUCAUGGUCCAACUACUGGGGUAACGAUGGAUACAUCCUUAUGUCGCAAGAAAAGAAUAAUUGCGGAGUGAUGACAGCUCCAACAUACGUUACUAUGUGAGAAAGAACUAAUUAAUACGGUUGUAUAUUUUCUUUUUAAUGUUUAAUGCCUAGUUGUAUCAAAAUAUGCCACAGAACAUAAAAAAAAUAUAAAUAAAAUAAUUUUUUAAAUAAA